GUGAUGACACCUUUCACAUCACACACACAGCCAUACGAGUCGGUCGGUCACCGCACGCUCCCACACACCUGCUGGAUGGGAAACACAUACACACCCACACCCACACACACGGACUGCCAGCCCGUCGUUGAAUGACCAAUAAAGGGCCACAAGAACCAACCAGCAAGACACACACACACAUGAACGGAUGGAUGGAUGGAGAAAGGAAUUGCUACUCGCGCCACACGGACAGGCAGACAGACGGACAGGCAGCCCUUGACAGGGAUGCACACUACACCGUCCUUGCACAGAAGAUGAGAUGAAAAACAAACAUCCCAACUACCUCUACGCCUGCAUGCCAUGCGUGUGUGUCUGGAUUGCCAAACCACUGACUGAUCAAGUGGGAGAGCCCGCACGCCUAACCGGGCGCCACACACACACACAUAUAGGAACAGGGAGGGAGAGAGGGAUGGAGGGAGGCAGAGAGGGGAUACCCUUAUUGACACACACACACACAUGCAUCGCAUCGCAAGCUCUACUUACUUACAAAGAGGGACAACCGCAGGCACACACACACGGGCACACCUCCACACUGACACACUCAUGCACGCACAGCACACGCAGACAGAGACUGAUAAAAGAACCACCAAAGCCGCACGCACACCACACCAUACCAUUGGUUGUCCUUUCUUCACAAAACAAGACAGAAACGAAAAAAACAGAGAUACUUCCCCCUCCCCCCCCUUCCCCCUUAACAACCCCCCUUACACACUACCAGCCCACGCACCCCCCAUAAAUACUUAGCACACCAUGACCAAUAAGUCUAUCAUCAUCCAUCGACUAGAUCGAUCCCUCCCUCACUCCUGCCCACUGCCCACAUCGCUGUCAGCAUCCUCCUCUGGCCCGUCGCUCUCAUACUCGUCGCCACCAUAGCCAUCAGCACCAGCACCACCAGCAGCAGCAGCAGCGGCCCCAUACAUCAUGUGAGGCGGCGGGGGCGGGGGCUGGUACAUCCCGUAGUAGGGAGGAUACGGCGGGUACGGGUAAUGUGGAGAUGGAGGCGGCGGGUGGGGCGAUGGCAUGGGGGCACUCCCCCUCUCAUGCUUGCUCCUCUCCACUCCCACUCCUCUGUUGGCCUUGCUGCUGCCGCUGCCGGUGCCAUCGGCCGUGGCUGAUCGAUGGAGUGCCGUUGGCGGCGGCUGCUGCUGAUGCUGAUGCUGGCUCGCUGACGACGGGAGAGUUGGGUCAGACGUGGCCAUGGGUACAGCUGGUGAAGUCACACUGACGCUGACGCUCGAUUGCCGAGAUGGUGGCUCGGGGUCGGUCACCUCGUCUGUCCUAAUGGCCGGGGGCCCAGCCGUCCUUCUCUCCCACCCUCCUCCUCCUCCGCCCGCACUCGUUUCGUCUACCGAUGAUAUGCAGCGGCCGGCCUUCUUGCUGGCAGGAGGGGUCGCUCUCCUCUUGACGGGGGGGGGCUCGUCCGCAGCAUCGUCACUGCCGAAUGUCGGCAUGCCCGGUCCAUCAAAGUAAGAGGGGUAGGGAGGCGGCCAUCCAUACCCAUAUGAGGGUGGGGGGUACAUGUAUGGGUGGUGAGAGGGAGGAUAGCCCAUGCUUGGAGGCUGAGGCUGCUGCUGCUGCUGCUGUCGACCGCCCCGCUCCUCGCCGCCUUCGCGCGCGUCGCUCUUCCGUCGGCUGCCCUUCUUCUUGCGUUGAGACCCGGCUGGCGGCCCAUAUCCCGAUGGGGGGUACUGCGGCGCCCAGUAGGGCGGCAUGCCUGGGUGCGUCUGCUGGUGGUAAGGACCAGGGGGGUAUGCGUAGGGCGAGAAGCCGCCAGCCUGGUACCCAUAAGGCAUUGGAGGGGGGAAGGGGUACCCACCCCCGCCGCCGCCCCACAUGUGUGCAGGCGUGUACGAGUCGCCAGGGCCCUGUCCAGGGCCCUCGGGUGGCGUGGAUGACCGCGACAUGGACGCCGCGCUGCUGCCGCGGGUUGGGGGGCGGGGCGGCUGCGCCGGCACAUCGUGCCCACACGAUGGCGACAGGUCUUCAUCAGGCGACCUUCGUCUGCUCUUGCGCCGCGUGCCGCUGCUGGCAAGCGAGACCGGGGGAGUGGUCGGUCGAUCCUCUUCUCCAUCGCUCUGGGACGGCGCAGCCACAGGCUCGGCGACCGGCUGCCGACGGCCGCCUCUUGGGAAGUCCCGCUCGCUCAUGCCGCUCAUGCUGUCAGUGGGAGAGCACGAUGGCGCCUCCAGCAGCUGCGCGACCACAGGAGUGGACUCAGCCACCACUGUCUCGUUGCUCAUCCCGUGGCCGAGGGUCGACUGCGUGCCGGACUGCCGCCGUUCGAGCUCUUCCUCCUUCUCGGCCUUCUCCUCUUCUUCGCGAUCCUCGAAGAUGGUCUCGUGGACGACGACUGACGCGCAGGAGGACGGCCGACGACGCAAAGACGCGGGCAUGGACCCUGUUGAGGCGAGAGAUGACGCCGACUCGCUCGAUGGGCUCAACGGGGCGGCCCCUGCCGCUUGUGGGGACUCGCCGCCCUCGGAGCUGUCCGCCCCGGUGUAGAUGCUCCACUCCUCGCCGCCUCGCAGGAUGCCGCCCACGCCGUCCUCCCACCCUCUGGAAGCCUGGACCUGCGCCUGCCUUGGCGACGUCAUUCUGGCAGGCUUGUCGCGCUUCCUUACUCGGAAGUGGCCACUGCGGCUCUUGCGCACACGAAUGCCCUUGUUGCUGCGCGCGGGCGAUGCCGGGGGUGCCACCCCUUGUGCAGAUGUCGGGCCGGCGGAGCUCUCGAGCACUGCCACGGUGGACAGGGAGCUCCUUCGGGAUGGGCCAUCUUCCCGUGAGAUGGGGCUCUCUGGUGACGCUGACGCUGAGUCGAUGGACGGCACCGACGACAGCCGACUGGGCGGCGAGGGGCGGGCGGUGGAUGUCGAUGACGAUGUCGAUGACGGUUCUGCUGCCGGUGGUGGUGCUGGUGGUGGUUGCGGCGGUUGCUCCUCUGCAAGGCCCCCAGAGCGGCCUGGCUGCUGUGUCUGGACGCUGACCGAUGUGCGGCAGCCGGCGUCGGCGUCAGCCUUCUCUGUGGUAAUAAUAAUAGGGGCGUCGGGUGCCAUGGCUUGGACGGCUUUCUGGGUGUCGAUCAUGACGGCGGUUUGCUGUUUCUGGGCCUCGAGAGUCGACAUGAGGUAUUGGUGGGCCACAGAACGGAAAUCCAGCUGCAAAACACACACGGGCACAACACACAACCACAGAGGGGUGUGAAUGAAUGCGCAAGAGAGAGGGGAGAGGGAAUGCUUGGCGGCUCACCAUACCGUCAGCUGUCUGAACUCCUUGCACGCACGUGGCGGCAAUGUGGCCGCCCCCGCCAGAUCGCCCGCCACAUCCUGCUGGCCCGUUGGCUGCAGUGGCGGCGUGGGCGACUUCCUCAGGCCCCCAUCAGCCGUCAGAUUGACGGGCGACAUCGAGCACCGGCUGCCAGCGACAGAGGUGGGCGUGAUCGGCGUCGACUGGCUCAGACGGCGAUCGUCUGCCGGAACCUCACCCUCCUCCCGGAACAAGGUCGACGGAGCCGACUUGUUGGCAGGCUGCCCUGUGGUGGUGGUGGUGGAGAUGUCGCGCACAAACUGCCUGUAGACUGUUGAUGAAGGGGACAUGUUGGGCAGCAGCGGCGUCGACGACGUCCCCUGCCGCCUCGCCACCUCUCGUCGGUCGGGCGAUGUGGAGGCCUCGGCCAUUGGGGUGUCCGAAGGCUCCUUCCCAGACGGCAUGCGGACCAUCCCGAACCUGUUGCGCCGGCUCGGUGAAGCGCUGACCGAGUCGCCGCCAGUGCUCUGGUGCCGCAGGGCUUCGCGCGAUCGCCCGCUGUCCUCCUCCCCCUUGUUGUCGUCGAAAAUGCGUUGCCAGAGGGUGGAGAGGAGUCCGGCGGGUAUGCGGCCGGAGGGAUUGCUCUCGCCCAGCUCGCUGAUGAGCCGGCCGGCAAGCCGCAUCAGCUGCUGGGUCUGGGCGCUGACCUUCCUCCUGUCGCGGACUGAUGACCGCGAGCCGCCCUUGCGCCGACGGAAAAGCCUGGAGAUGCUCCUGCCCCUGGCUGCCGCGAUUGUCGUCUCGUUGGGUGGAGUGGCGUCGUGCUCCGCCUGCGGCUGGGUCUCGGCCUUGGCCCCUUCGUCACAUUCACGAAGGUCCAUCACAAGCAGGUCCAGACUCUCUGGAUCGAGCGUGACGCCGGUCUCCAGCUGAGGCGUCGAUUGCCUCGGUGUGGAGGAGAACCGCCACGCCCAUCGGCCGACCUUGGAGCCGCUGCCGCCGGCCUUGUAAGAGGCGAAGAGCAUCAGCAGCUGGAAGGCGGCGAACAUGAGCAGGCCCGUGACGAAGAGCAGGUUCACCACAGCCACGCCGACGGCGAACCCGACGGCCCCGGCGGACGAUGAGGGGUUGGUGAGCAUGAGGGCGGGGCAGAGGGCGAUGACCCAGAGGGCGAUGGCGCUGCCCUGCAGCCGUUGGAGGGUCUUCUCUUGGGGGAGGAACGGGGUCUCCAGAGGACGGCGCGCCCAGUGGUAGGAGAGGUUCAGGAUGGCCACUGCCGCCCACACCCACAGCACCGUCGAGUCGUGGAACAGACCUGAGGAGGGAAACAGAGAGAGAGAGACACAAAGGGACCGGUCGGUCUUUGUUGCGUUGCGGCUUCUCGCCGCUCGAUGUGUGCAUACAAACAAACGCACCGGCAGGGAUGAGCGUGACGGCGAUGACGAGCAGAUUUCGCGCCUUGAUGGCGCACUCCCACCCCCAGUACCUCGCCCGAUAGCCCAGAUACAUGAGCCCCCAGGCCUUCCUCAGCUCCGGCCGGUGCAUUUCCCUCGCCACGCUGGCCUGGUGCAGCGUCCAGCACCCCCACGUCAGCCACCCCACCGCCCAUAUGCCGAUCCCCAGGAGGCCGGCAAGCAGCCACGGCAGGUGCUCGAGCGACCCGCAUGCGAUGUCUGGCGCGACCAUGAGACGCGGCGACGGCCAGGGCGCGUUGGGGUCUGUCGGCUGGAAGGCGAUGCAGCGGAGGAGGGGGGUGAGGUUCAUGAGCACCGAGGGGAAGAGCACCCACAUGACGGCCACCCACACGGGCUUGCACCGGGCCACCCACUCCUUCAGUGGGUCCCAUCUUUCGCCGCUCGAUCGGCUUUUGGGCGUUUCCGCAGUUUCUGCUGCCGUCGCGAGUGUGACCUGCGCGGGGCUGAAGGUGGGUGUGGCCGUCGUCUUGCUCUCCUCUCCGGGCGCUUUCAUCUCUUUCGCGGACACCUCACCAUCACCUUCACCAUCACCAUCGCCAUCGUCCUUCUUGGUGGUGACGGAGUUCUCGUCUUCUCUCCCUCUCUGCGCAGGUCGCAAGCAGCUCUUGAGUUGGGGCGCUGUGAUGAUGGUCGAGUAGAGGAGGGCCAGGAUGGGAGGCAGGAACACCCAGAGAAUGGCGUAGGCCAGCGGAGAGUUGGCGACGGGGAAGAGGCACUCGAUGUGGAUCCGCAGGGCGUCGAGGGGUGGGCCACCUGUCCACCCCAUCAGCCCCCGAAGAGCUUCCUUGGACCAGAACGGCACGAUGCUGUCGGGGCCAGCUCGGCCGUCCCUCUCCAACACUGCCCAGGUCACCAAUCCCAUCUGCAGACAGCGGACAGCGGACAGGAAUGAGGAAUCUGUGUGAGAGCAGUGCUUGGGUGGGGUGUGGGCUGUGUGGCGUACCACAAAGGAGUGGUUGGCGAUGAUGCGGAGCGUUGCGAUGAAGGCCACGGCAUGGCUCCCACGCUGAUCGUACCAACGGCUGGCUCUGAAAGGACACACGACACACACGCGGGCAUGCAUAGAUCAUCCCAUGACCAGCAACCUCCCUGUUUUCCUCUGUCUUCCUUGCCAACUCACUCACCGCUUCCCAACAGUCACGAGCAGCCACACGACCACUCCCACAAUGACCACCACCAGCGCCGCCCCCACGCCAUCCCACGCCCUCUCGCACUCCAGGCACCCAUCGUCAGGGCCACCCAGCUGCCCACGCAUCACAUCUCGGUACCACCCCUUCGAGCACGACGCACACGCAAACCCGCCAUAGCCCUCGGCACACACGUCUGGUGCGAUGCACGACCGAGGGAAGGGACAGCGGAUGACAGACAGGGGGGUGUCGAGGUCGAGAAGGGCCGAUCUCGGUGUGAGUGGCCAAUAGCCUGGGAGGGUGAAGGCGUCCGUGACGUUGGGCGAGGUGCAGUUGGCGCCACGCGGGCAGGCGCGGCAGGAAGCGGACGCGACGUCGUGGUACAGCCUGUACCUGCUGGGACAGCACUGGCGGUUGGAUUCGUUAUCGGCCUCCCACUCGGCACACGACACACACGGGGUGUUUCCAGCCUUCCACUUGGCGUAACCUGCCACAAAACACAACACAACACGACACAGACUCCCAGAUGCAUCCACAGUAAAGAGACUCCCUCCCCCCCAAUCUCCCUCUCUCUCUCUGACUCCCACCUGGCUUGCACGGGGUGCAUUUGCUGCCGACCGGCUCGUACCCAGGGCGGCACUUGCAAGCAUCCCGGCCGUCAUAUGGCCGUACGCUGCCCUCAGUGGACGAGUUUUCGGGACAGGCCGUGCAGGCACCGACCCGCGGUGGGUCGCUGAAGGUGUUGUCUGGGUCGCUGAAGGUGUCGACGGGGCACUCGUCGCACUGGUUCCCCGUGCCCUGGUAACCUCCACGACACCGACACAAAGCCUCGGGCGACACAAAGGGGUCAAUGCGGAUGGUGCGGAGGGGCGAGGAGCAGAGGCGCGUGCACUCGACUGCCGUGUCAAGGGGCAUGUAGCCGUCGGGGUUGGCGCUGAGUGGCGUGAGGGCGUGGGCCGCGAUGGUGGUGUUAUUGAGGGGGGACUGCAGCUCGCGCCUUCCGAAGAUCCGCCUGGACAGCUGCCUGGUUUCCAUGAGGCGAAGCGAGAAGGUUGCCGACUCGCUCAUCACCUUGGAACACUUUUCCCGGGGACGCCGAAUCCUGCAGAGCACACAAUCCAGACAUUUCUAGAUACACAUUGCAAUCCAUCCAUCCACCAGGCCAUCACUGACCCGCCGACUCUGAGAUUGGGGUUGUCCGAGUAGUCCUGCAGGGCCGCGCCGGCGAAUGGGAUGGGGAUGCCGAAAGAGGGUGUGCCGGGCGGCGCGGAUGGGCGGGGAGGGGGGGCGAGGUGGACAAGGGCGUUGCCUCGCAGCGAGACGGUGGUAAGGGCGUUGAGUGAGACCACGUGGGGGAGCUCGACGGCGCGGAUUUUGUUCGAGGAGAGGUCCAGGUGGCUCAGCUGCUGAAAGCCCAAACGAUGCUUGGGCACUCCGUCUGACAGCAGAGACAGAGACAGACACACAGAGAGAGUGGGUCCAUUGAUCCAUCUCUGCCUGCGCCAUCCUUUCCCCUCCCCUCCCCUCCCUUCCCUCCCCCGCACCUUCAUCCUUGUCGAUCGCCCAGAGCCCGCCCUCCACCAGAGUCCCCGUCAGCCCACAGUUGCUGGCCUGCAAGAUCCGCAAGUUCUGCGCGUAGGAGAAGGGCAGCAAGAAGGCGUUGACGUCCGCUUUUAGUGCAGGGUUGCCACUGAUGUCGACAGAGACGAGCUCGUCCCAACUGGGGCCCUGGUCCAUCGACUCGAGCAUGACGCGCAGGUUGGCCAAUUGGGUGACGACGAACUCGCCGUUGACGAACCAGUCGGUAGGGUGUCUGCCCCAGGUGACCCACUCCUUGAUCCGGUUGUGGUCGAGCUUCAGGUGCUGGACAGAUCCCAGGGACCGCCACGACCGGGGGAACUCCUUGAGGCUGUUGUGGCUGGCUGACACCUCCCUCAACUCGCCGGCGGGGAGCUCGCCGUCGAACUCUUCCAGCUUGUUUGCGGAAACGUCCAGGUACCUGCACUCAUCGGGGGAGGGAGGGAGGGGAUAGAUGGGCGUGGCGCAUCAUGGUGCUGGCUGGCUCGCGUGCAGACAGACGCACCUGAGAUUUGUGAGGUUGGUGAGGGGCGGGACGGCUCCGUCCAGGUGAUUUCCUCUCAGGUCGAGCUCCUCCAACGCAGUCUGAACAAACGAGCAGCCAUAUGCAAAGGCAUCCAUUCAUUGUGUCACUAUCUGCGCACCAGGUUGCCAAGUGACGAAGGUAUGCUGUCUUUGAGCUGAUUGUUGGCCAGCUUCAGAGACCACAGUGACUGCAGCUUCCCCAGGGUCGCGGGGAUCCGCCCAGUGAGUUCGUUGCCGCUUAGGUCCAGGGUUGUCAGGUUCGCCAAGUCUCCCAGGCACUCCGGAAUGCUGCCCUUUAGCCCGGCGCGGGCGAUGUUGAGAUCGUACAAGGACUUGAUCUCACAGAGGGCUUCGGGGAUGCUGCCUUCAAGCGAUGUGUCUUGCAGCUCGAUGAUGCCGAGGCUGGUCAGGUUCUUCCACUCGGGGGGAAUGCGCCCUGUGAGAUUGCGGUUGCCCUGGAGCUUCACGGUCUUGAGGUCGGGGGACUGGCUGAGCAGCGGCAGAUUGCCGGACAGCUGGUUGCCCUCCAGGUCGAGAGUUCUCAGCUUCGGCAGCUGGCUCUCAAGCAGGGGGAGCGGGCCAGAAAUCAUGGUGUACUUGAGCCGCAGGGUCGCCAGCUUCUGCAGGGACCCUAUAGAUGGGUCAAGGGUGCCGGUGAUGGGCGUCCAAGAUAUCGACACGCGCUCCAGGGAGGUCAUGUUGCCAAAGGAGCGGGGAAGCGGCCCAUCAAACGAUGUCAGGUGCGCCAGGACCAGCAGAUUGAGCUUGGAGAGCAAGCCGAUAGACUCGGGCAGCCCCCCUUCGAGGUAGGGGCACUGGAAAGCCUCCAGCCUGCGCAGCUCCGGCAGCUUGGUGCCGAAGUCGUCAGGGAGCCGCCACCGGAUUCGCAGGUUCCGGAGGAUCAGCCCUCUGAGUUCGGUCAGCUUGGUGAUGGCGGGCGGCAUCUCGCCUUUGAGCUUGCCGAGUAGAGAGAGGUAGAGCCACCGCAUGUGUGUGAGGUUGCCGAUCUCUGGAGGAAUCUCGCCGACGAAGUCGCAGUUCUCGAUGAAGAGCGCCAUGAUGGUCUUGAGAGAGAAGAGCUCGGGUGGGAUCUGCGCCUCGUCGACCCCACACGUCGCCGGCUUGUCAUCAAAGCCCCUGGUGUGACAAACAAAUAAACAGCACAACCACGCAUCGUGUCGUGGGCAAUAGUGCGGUUGGCCCCCUGACUGCUUACUUGACGAUAGUUCCGUAGCCCCUCCGGAAAGUCAGCAUGAGCCCCUCCUUUGGGUUGUCGUCGCCGUCUUCAUCCCACCUAAUGCAGAAGGCCCACCCCAGAUCUGCCUGCUCGCAUAUCGACUUGUCCUCCUGCGGCCUGGGGAUUCCCAGCGCCUGGGCUAUCGCCACCAAAGCACCACGGUCCUCCUCACAGUCGGGACAGUCAUCGCGGCCGUUGAGGAACUUGUAGCCCGAUCCCUCGGCCAGUUUCUGCCCACCUGCCGACGCCGAGCCGUCCUCAUCGUCUUCACCGUCCUCUUGGAGAGUGCGGGCGAGUCCCGCGAAGGGGAAGGGGAAAGCCGCCCUGACAGAGGGGGACGCCGCGUCUGAUGACUGCUGUCCACGGACGAUGGCGAGGGGAAAGAGCCACAGGUGGACGCACAAAACCAGCCAGAUUCGGAGCGCCAUCCGCAGAUCUCAUAUCGUGAUCAUCUCACGUCAUCAGUCCUCCUGAGUUGCUCAACAGCGGGGGGGGAGAGGCUUCGCCGGGUCAUGCGAGCUUUCUUCCACCGAUCGACAGUUUUUUCGUGGCCCUGAAGCGCGGCUUCUUUAAACAGGUACGCGUCUUUCCC